UAAACGUAGUUGGGUAUGCCAUGGUCUAGGUCAUCCAUUUUAAAUGCUGUGACAUUCAACUCUCGCAUUUAGACCUGUGAAAAAGAAGACUUGCAGACUCAUACACGUCGUCCAGUUCAUAGACACAAACCACCAUGGACGUCGGCGCCCUGACACCAAUCGAAAUUACCAGUGAUUAUACGGGGUUCUCCGUCAACGUAGAGCAAAGAGCGAUGCUCGGAAAUUCCCUCGCCAAGCUGCAGGCGGACAACAAGGCCAAGGAGAUGAGGUUCCUGGGCUGCCUGCUGGGUCUGGAUGGCGAUUACUUUCUGGCCCAGUCCGUUGGUGAAGACUUUCUAAUGGAUCUGAAAUUUUUCUACAGCACGGACGGCAUGCACUGGAGCCUGCUGCAGGACUGCAACCCCAAGCUUGUGGACGCGGCCAGCAAGCUCAAGGGGCGCUUGACGGGGGACCCUGCGCAUGAUUAUGAUCCGGGGUCUGGUGACGCCCACGAGGACGCGGAGGAGGCAUCAACAACCCACUCGCCGGUGGUGAAAGAGGAGGACCGGCUGGCGUACGUGGUGCACAAGCUUUUCCACGAGAUCGCCAUCGUGCCGAGGAAGGCGCUGCUGUACACUCCGAGUGGAGCCGUCAUUCGAAACCCGUCCUUCGCAGGCCUGCGGCCGGUGGAGGGUGACCAGCUGGAGUCGUACCUGCACCUGCGCGUACCGACCCAGGAUCCGGUGCGCAGGACGGCCGCUGACGCCGACCUGACCAUCGACUUCCUCGAGCCACUCGGCCAGGACUGCUUUAAAGGCAGCGUCGUGGGUGGUGAACCGCUGCUGUAG